UGUUUAACCCAGCGUGCUAAACAAAAUCCGUUGUUUAUGUGAAAUAAAUGCCACAGAGCGCAGAUUUAGUGAUGUUUCUCAAGCGGAACUAGUGUAUCUUUUUUUCUUACAUAUCAGAGAGGACUGAGACCGACGAACUCCCUCCCACACCUACAGUUAUUCCACGGCUCUCACUCGCUGAGAUUUUGUAUUCUAAUUGGUAGUGACGUAGUGAAUAGAUAUAAGCUCCGCCCACUCGUACACUCGGAGUGGUCGUGGAAAGCAGGCGAAGGUAGCCGCAGGCAGCUCAUUCAGUUGGUCAUCCACGUGAACCUAGACAAGCUGUGACAAGAUUCGAAUCACUGCAGUCUUCCCAGAGAACACCAUCUCUUAACCAAGGAGCUCUCUGUUUUACUGGCACAAAAAGAUUUGUGAGUGCUACCGAUUUCUGCUGAUUUCAUAGUGAAACCGAUAUAGGAUGUGGAAGUAACAUUGCAAUGCACGUUUGUCUGAAAGUAAGUAACGUCAAUUAGCGCAUUUUUAUUGGAUGCGUCUACACCCGUGAACCAAUGCAUAAAACAUAAACAGAGCCAAAGGAACUUUGGAGAUAUUGGAGAUUAGUGAAAGAUAAGUUUGCAGCUGCAGUGGUAAGUCAGUGCUCUUUAAUAGUCUAAGAUAAUUGAACCAGACAUAAAUACGCAAUAUCAUUUCACGAUGAACACGCGAGGAAUAAAAACCUGGACUUUAUCAAGGGAUUUUCAUACACAGACCCUACUCGGCGUAUUCCUGUUAUUAACUUUGUUCAGCAAGGGAGCUUUAGCGUCAAGCUCUUUUCUAACUAUGUUUGCUGCCCAGCAAAAUCCACCCGAUCCUUGUUACGACGAAAUGGGAAAUCCGAAGAGAUGCAUUCCAGACUUUGUCAAUGCGGCUUUCGGUAAAGAAAUCACCGCGUCCAGCACGUGCGGCUCUCCUCCAAAUCGCUUUUGCCAAGUUUCGCCCAGUGUCGAUAAAUUCAAGGCUAUGCAUUGUGAUAUUUGUGAUGCUAAACACCCUAAAAGGAUGCAUCCUCCGAGCUAUCUUACCGACUUAAACAACCCCAAUAACUUAACGUGUUGGAUGUCCGAGCCGUUCGUCCAAUACCCAAAUAACGUCACCCUCACCCUGAGUCUGGCGAAGAAGUUUGAACUCACUUACAUCAGCCUACAAUUUUGUUCGCCGAGACCUGAAUCCAUGGCUUUAUACAAAAGUGUGGACCACGGCAGAAGUUGGGUGCCUUUCCAGUAUUACUCAAGUCAGUGCAAAGAAAUGUACGGCAAGCCCCCCAGGGGGAUGAUAACUAAGGCCAACGAGCAGGAGGCACUGUGUACUGAUAUUAACAGUAAUUCCCCCGAACCCAUCAGUGGGGGGAGAGUGGCGUUUAGCACCCUGGAAGGGCGACCCUCGGCUUAUGAUUUUAUGAACAGUCCCGUGCUUCAAGACUGGGUUACAGCGACAGACAUCCGCGUGGUUUUCAACCGCCUUCGAACCAUCGAUGAAAAUGUCGACAAGGCAAAGGAUAAUUUCUACUACUCUUUGGCUGAUUUUGCGGUGGGAGGACGAUGCAAAUGCAAUGGCCACGCUUCGAAAUGUAAUAUCAACCGAGACGGUACCCUUGCCUGCGAGUGUAAACAUAACACCGCAGGGACAGACUGUGAGCGGUGCAAGCCUUUCCACUUCGACCGACCCUGGGCGCGGGCUACUGAUCAGAAAGCCAACGAGUGUGUCGCCUGCAAUUGCAACCUACAUGCUCGUAUGUGUCGUUUCAACAAGGAAUUGUACCUGCUGUCUGGGAGGCGCAGUGGUGGCGUCUGCAUCAAAUGCAGACACAAUACUAAAGGACGGCAUUGCCACUAUUGUGUAGAGGGAUAUUACCGUGACCCUACCAAACCUCUGACACAUCGGAGAGUUUGUAAAGCAUGUGACUGCCAUCCUAUUGGAUCUUUGGGUAAAACAUGCAACCAGACCAAUGGCCAGUGUCCAUGCAAAGACGGAGUGACUGGUAUCACUUGUAAUCGUUGUGCCACAGGGUACACACAGAGCAACUCUCCAAUUCAGCCCUGCGUCAAGGCAAGUAACUCAUCUGCAGAUUCAUCAUUAACAACAAAAACUCACCAGCCUAAAGUAACAAGUCCAAAACCAACAGAACCUGUUUCAUGUGACAGAGACAAAUGCAAAGCUGCUUCUAAACGCAUCAGCAAGAAGAAGUUCUGCAAGUACAACUUUGCUGUAAAUGUCCAAGUGAUCACCAGAGAAAACAUUGGUGAAUGGGUGAAAUUCACAGUAAACAUCCUCAGCAUGUUCAAGAGAAGCAGUUCCUCAAAACUACGCCGUGGUGAAGAGCAGGUUUGGAUACAGCUCAGCGAUGUUCGUUGCAAAUGCCCUCGUUUAAAAGUCGGCAGGCGCUACCUGCUUUUGGGACAUGAUCACCAAAACACAAACAUGGAUGGAUUAGUCUUAGACAGGAGGAGUAUAGUGAUACCAUGGAAAGAUGAAUGGCAGAGAAGACUACGAAAAUUCCAGCGAUAUGAACGUAAAGGAAGAUGCCGGAACUGAUCAAAUCGCAUAUCUCUUGCCAGCCUAUCGAAGGUUCUUUUUUAUUUUCUCAUGUGUGAUGACAAAAUGACAGCCUGUAGUGUAAAAAAAGUGUACAAUAUAUUUAUGUUGAGUGGUGAUGUGUUACUCUAUGGAAACCAUGUGGGUGUUAAUUUCUGCACUGAACCUCAGCACAAAAAGUGCAACCCGACAGAAAGAAGGGACACAAAAACUCAGCCCUAGUAAUCGUUUCAGACAAUACCAGUUAGGAAAUCUAAUAUGUCUGCAAUGGCAAACAAACUAGUUGAAAGAUAUCCUAUAUGGCAAAAUUACCUCAGCAGAAGGUAAAAAUGACAUCUGAUGUGCAUUCCAACCAUUCAAAUCACAGUGGUGUGAGUGGUUGAUGAAUUUAUCAAGGCAGAAGAAUGAAUUCAAAGUAGAUUGAGUGUAACCACACAUGGGACAGACUAAAUGCUAAGAGGCUGAGGUGACUUAGACAAACUAUCUGUCAAUAACAGUAUUAUGCUUCGACUUACAAAAUAUUAAAGUGAGAAGUAAAGGGACCUGUAUUCUGUGUAUUGGGGCGUGUUCUCCCCCCUCAUUCUUGCUGACCUUAAAGUAACAGAUAGUUCCUUGUGUAAAUGGAUGGUAGAUAAGAACAAAACCCUUCUCUGGAGUUCAGAUGAGGGAAGCGUUGAAGGUCAUUAAAUCAUGCGCAAAUUGGAGGAUACUUUUGCUUGCCACACUGAACUUUAGGAACAACCCACAUCAAAUGUGUAUGUAAAUAAAUAACAGACAAAGAUGGAACCUACAGCCACAGAAUGUGUACACACCCUGCCCCCAAAAUACUCUUCUGAAUGGAACUUGGAAUAUUUGAUAGUAAAUAACAAAUUUCCAUGUACGGGACAUUGUGAGGGUUUAUACUGAGAAUUUCAAUACUUUUUGUGCAUAAUAUGUUACAAUGUGAUAUAAUGAUAAUUACUGAAUGAUCCUGUCCUAGUGUGUAGGUUUUCAUACCGCCUUUGUAAUCAUGAGAAUUUGUUUUGUUUUCCUUAAAAAUUCCACCCUCAGAACAACAUGUUGUGUUAAAUGAAAAAAAUAUGGGUGGAGAAAAAUUAAAAAUGACAGGGGUUACAGAUAGAUCAUAUACUAAACAAUUGGGACAAUUUUGACAUUUGCUGCAUUGGCAAAACACCAAAAUGAGAAACUUUGUAGUAUGGUGAAUAUGUACAUAUCAAGAGUGAAUGAACCUGUUUGUCUUGAAACAAACCAUAGGGUUGUGAAAUUGAAAUCAGACUCUUUAUCAUUUUUCUUGUAGAGACGGAAAAAAUUCUCCCUCUGGUGUAAAUUGCAGUAUAUCAUGGCUUGCAAAAGUAAAAUGAAAAAUCUCAAACAAAAAGAUGGAUGGUAUAUAAAGCACUUCACAAAGUUUUUAUUUUCAUUUUGGGUGGAAAUGAACACAGGAGUGAAGAAUUAUAUAGUAUUGGUUGUGAAUCUGGGCCUGACCUGCUUGGGUAUAUAGUCUAACCUAUAUCAAGUUACUUAAUAUUUAGUGUCUAUGUACAUAAAUUCAUAAAUACAUUUUGAAACAUGUUAAUGUUACUCCUUUGUAUAGUAUGAAGGCAAACAGGUAACAAUUAAAUAAAUAAAUCAGUUCUUACAUAUUGUAAAUACUUAUUUAUGAUCAAAUCAUACUGUGUACAUUACACUUAGAAAUACAUCAAUGUCACAAUCCCUUCUUAGUUAGAUUGCAUAACUGCAUUUUUUAAAUAACAGUCUUUCUGUACAUUUAUUUUUUGUAUAUCCACUUUUCCUUUUCUUUCUUUUUUGUUCUUUUUAGCUUUUUUUUUUUUAAUGAAAACAAUUUUCUUAGUUUGACAUCUUCAACUAAUGAAAAUUAGGAAAGAAAGCUAUGCAUUAACUUGCUGUAGAAUAAGCCAAUAGUAAAUCUUGGGAGAUAUCAAACUACUCCUUUUUCCUUCUCCUCUGUAUAUAUAUAUUUGUUAGAUUCGAUGAAUAAAAUAUUGAUUUAUUAUAACA